AAGACAGAGAUGAAGAACAUGAGCGCUCUGCUGAUCCUGGUGCUGCUCUGCUCCCUGCAGCUGGUCUCCAGUGGUCCUAUAGCCCCUGGCACAGGAUCAGACUGUUGUCCAAAGUAUGACAACAAAAAGAUUCCACUGGCGAAAGUGGUCUCCUACUACAGAACCAGGAGCACCUGCGCCAAACCUGCCGUUGUGUUUGUGACAGAGGCAGGGAGGAGAUUUUGUGUGGACCCCUCAGAAUCCUGGGUGAGCAGUCAUGCCUCUAAGGUGGACAGCAGGUCAACUACGACCACAUCGAUGCCAACCACAGCCUAAGGCCUGCCUCAUCACCCCGGCAGCUACUCUUAUUGGACAAUCAAAUAAUGGAG